ACUGUAGCCGGCUCAAUUUCCCGCCUCGAGCUCCUCCGAUGGUUCCAAGAGGGGAAGAGAAUCGGAAAAGAUUUCGUUCUGGUUGACCUACGCCGUACUGAUUUCGAGGGAGGCACAAUCCGGGGCUCUCUGAACCUCCCAGCACAGAGCUUGCAACCUACUAUUCCAACUCUAUAUUCUGUCCUCUCACAAGGUAGAAUCACUAAUGUGGUGUGGUAUUGUGGUUCUUCUCGAGGUCGUGGGGUGCGUGCUGCCAACUGGUUUGCAGAAUAUCUGGAAGAGCAAAAGGACAUAAAAAUGAAGAGCCUUGUGUUAGAAGGAGGUAUUAAGGGAUGGAAAACAGCUGGUAAGGAUUAUACUCAGCUUAUGGACGAGUAUGAUGGGUUGAAAUGGGAGAGAUAG